CGGCGCCGGCCGGAAGUGCUGCGCCGUCGGCGCAGGGCUCGCCGGGAAAUGUAGUCCCUGCGAGCGGCCCGGGGCGGUGGCCGCAAAUUCUGCGGCCCUGGCGGCUGAUCUGGCGUGGACCCGGGAUGGCUGGACCUGGCGGCUCCGGGGGCCCGAUCGGGGCCGGGGCCCUGGCAGGUGGCGCGCGGUCCAAGGUAGCCCCCAGCGUGGAUUUUGACCACAGCUGCUCGGACAGCGUCGAGUACCUGACCCUCAACUUCGGGCCCUUCGAAACGGUGCAUCGCUGGCGGCGCCUCCCGCCCUGCGACGAGUUCGUGGGUGCCCGGCGCAGCAAGCACACAGUGGUGGCCUAUAAAGAUGCCAUCUAUGUCUUUGGUGGAGACAAUGGAAAGACGAUGCUUAACGACCUGCUGCGCUUCGACGUGAAGGACUGUUCCUGGUGCAGGGCCUUCACCACCGGGACUCCGCCGGCGCCCCGCUACCACCACUCGGCUGUUGUCUAUGGGAGCAGCAUGUUCGUCUUCGGAGGCUACACUGGGGACAUUUAUUCCAAUUCUAAUUUGAAGAAUAAAAAUGACCUGUUUGAAUACAAGUUUGCGACUGGCCAGUGGACGGAGUGGAAAAUUGAAGGACGGCUGCCAGUUGCCAGAUCAGCCCACGGGGCCACCGUGUACAGUGACAAGCUGUGGAUCUUUGCCGGCUAUGACGGCAAUGCCAGGUUGAACGACAUGUGGACAAUCGGCCUCCGGGACCGGGAGCUCACCUGCUGGGAGGAGGUGGCCCAGAGUGGUGAAAUCCCGCCAUCCUGCUGCAACUUCCCUGUGGCUGUGUGCCGGGACAAGAUGUUUGUGUUCUCGGGACAGAGUGGAGCCAAGAUAACCAACAACCUCUUCCAGUUUGAAUUCAAGGACAAGACAUGGACACGCAUCCCCACUGAGCACCUGCUCCGGGGCUCCCCCCCACCCCCACAGCGGCGCUACGGGCACACCAUGGUGGCCUUUGACCGCCACCUCUAUGUGUUUGGGGGUGCGGCUGACAACACACUGCCCAAUGAGCUCCACUGCUACGAUGUGGACUUCCAGACUUGGGAGGUCGUGCAGCCCAGCGCCGACAGCGAGGUCAGCGGGGCUGAGCUGCCCGAGCGAGCAUCUGCUUUGGAGGAGGCACCCACCCUGACCUGCGAGGAGCGGGGCAGCUUCAAGAAGUCCCGAGACGUGUUCGGCCUGGAUUUCGGCUCCGCCUCAGCCAGGCCACCCGUGCAGCCAGCCUCAGAGCUGCCCAGCGGGAGGCUCUUCCACGCGGCCGCUGUCAUCUCGGACGCCAUGUACAUCUUUGGGGGCACCGUGGACAACAACAUCCGCAGUGGGGAAAUGUACAGGUUCCAGUUCUCCUGCUACCCCAAGUGCACGCUGCACGAGGACUACGGGCGGCUGUGGGAGAGCCGCCAGUUCUGCGACGUGGAGUUCGUGCUGGGUGAGAAGGAGGAGUGUGUGCAGGGCCACGUGGCCAUCGUCACCGCGAGGAGCCGCUGGCUCCGCAGGAAGAUUGUACAGGCCCGGGAGUGGCUGCCUCAGAAGCUGGAGGAAGAAGCAGCCUCAGCUCCCAAGGAGGCCGCGGGCAUGGCUGCGGGGGGAGGCCGGCCGCCCCUGCUGCGCGUGGCCAUCCCAGAGGCCGAGGCCCGGCCCUUCGAGGUGCUCAUGCAGUUUCUCUACACCGACAAGAUCAAAUACCCGAGGAAAGGCCACGUGGAGGACGUGCUGCUCAUCAUGGACGUGUACAAGUUGGCGCUAAGCUUCCAGCUGUGUCGCCUGGAGCAGCUGUGCCGGCAGUACAUCGAGGCCUCCGUGGACCUGCAGAACGUGCUGGCUGUGUGUGAGGGCGCCGCCCGGCUGCAGCUGGGCCAGCUCAAGGAGCAUUGCCUGAACUUCGUGGUGAAGGAGUCCCACUUCAACCAGGUGAUCAUGAUGAAGGAGUUCGAGCGCCUCUCAUCCCCGCUGAUCGUGGAGAUAGUGCGGCGGAAGCAGCAGCCACUCCCUCGCGCCCCCUCGGACCAGCCCAUGGACAUCGGCACAUCUCUGAUCCAGGACAUGAAGGCAUACCUGGAGGGGGCGGGCGCGGAGUUCUGUGACAUCACGCUGCUGCUGGACGGCCACCCUCGGCCAGCCCACAAGGCCAUCCUGGCUGCCCGCUCCAGCUACUUUGAGGCCAUGUUCCGGUCCUUCAUGCCCGAGGACGGGCAGGUGAACAUCUCCAUUGGGGAGAUGGUGCCCAGCAGGCAGGCCUUCGAGUCGAUGCUGCGCUACAUCUACUAUGGCGAGGUCAACAUGCCCCCCGAGGACUCCCUCUACCUGUUCGCGGCUCCCUACUACUACGGCUUCUACAACAACCGGCUGCAGGCGUACUGCAAGCAGAACCUGGAGAUGAACGUGACAGUGCAGAACGUGCUGCAGGUGGCUCCACGGCGCCUGUUGGGGGGAGGGGGGCAGAUGUGGGGGCAGCACCUCAAGGUCCUGCCGUUGCAGAUCCUGGAGGCGGCCGACAAGACACAGGCGCUGGACAUGAAGCGGCACUGCCUGCACAUCAUCGUGCACCAGUUCACCAAGGUCUCCAAGCUGCCCACGCUUCGGUCGCUGAGCCAGCAGCUGCUGCUUGACAUCAUAGACUCUCUGGCCUCCCACAUCUCUGACAAGCAGUGUGCAGAGCUGGGCGCCGACAUCUGAGGCCCUGCGGUGCCCACCCAGCAUAAAGAGUCACUGUACUUGCCUGCCCGCCCUACCCACCGCGGGGACUGCCCCGGCCACACUCGUGCCUGCAGCAGAGGGGUGCACAGAGGAGGUCCCAUGGGGAGCAGAUAGGGAAGCAGGUCCCUCCCCAGCCAGCCCCUCUCCUGGAGCAGAGGUGCAGGUGGGAGGCCACAGCUCAGUGAUGGGGACAGCACCCGGAAGUGGGGAGAGCCCAGGGAGCCAUGGCCUUGGGCCUCCAACCCAGCAGGGCCUGGGCAUGGGCUUUGGGGGCUUGGCAUGGCCCCCUGGCCUGGGAAUGUUGUAGAUCCAGGGUCCUGUUGCCAAGGCCCCUCUAGUGUGGGGGAGGGGGCUUAGCAGAAUCGCUGCCCUACCAAGGAGUUCACCUGGGCUGCACCCGCCCCCUCACCCUCACUGAGGUCAGCGCAAGGGGCCCCUCCUCCUGCCCUCAGUUUGUAACUGGGGACCCAUGGUGGGCAGGUCUGAAGGGCCCUGUGGUCAGCUCGCAACCAACAGGCCAGCCAUGCUGGGCUGGGCCUGGCUUCCAGAUGGGCUGUAGGAGGUGCUGCCCGGUCUCUGUGUCCCUCACUAUUUAUUCUGUCAUAGACAUGCCUCCAUUAAAGCCACAGCAGUGCUACCCACCUCA